AUGCGGACUGACGAGGAGAGCGAAAUUGACUGUUCGGUUGCAAAUCGUGUUGCAUCUGUUACAAUCGAAUCUGAUAGUCAACCAAGCAAUUCAGUCGCUGCCAGUAGAGUCCGUCGUCGAAAGAAACGUAUCGCAAGACAAGCUGCAAAGGAGAAGAUGGAAGUGGAUGUAUGCGUGAAAUCUUUGACUGAUGAACCAUCAUCUUCGGCAGUUAAUGAGAAGAAGUGUAGAAUGGAAUGGGAUUGUGUAUGGUCGGAUAGUGAGCUUUCGUCGUCUGAUGCUCACUCAUCGGACGGCCGAGAAGCUGAUGACGAAGAGUCAGACUGGUUUGAUGCUAAUGGCGUAAGUAACCAUGCAUUUCGCCCCCCACAAGCACCAAACGGGAGACCCCCGCGGUUAUCAAGGGCCUGUGUUUCACAACUGUUUUUACAAAGGAAAUUGGAACGAUUUUUGAGAGAAGAUGACCAGCGUGAAAUAGUCCUCAGUCAUUGGACCCGUUCCGACCAGAUCAGCAGAAUUCUGCACUGCUUUGGACUCGAAGUUGUUCGAAGAAGCCGUGGUACCGUAGUCUUAAGGAAGGUUAGAUUAUCGUAUGAAUGUGGGGUUCUGAAGAAGUUUUCUAGAAGUGAGGGAGAAGUGCUUGUUAAUGAAGCAAUUCUGAAGAUUUUGGGCAUAUCCGCUCCGACAUAUGUCAUUGAUACUUUUGAUGUUGGAACACAAAAAUUUUCUUUGGUUGUUGACGCUGGUGACCUACAUUUUAUUUGGGCUGCCUUAUCACUUUACGGUGUUCACUUCGGUGUACCUGUGGCUCUGCACCUUAACUCAGGGAAACAUGCUUUGGUAACCGGUGAGAUUUUGGGUGGUUCAAAAGGUAUUGGAAAGCAAAUUGCGGCUGAACUGGUGAAACAGGGUUGUGCGGUUUCUCUGAUUGCGAGGAACCGCAAUAAUUUAGAAAAAGCGCGUUCCGAACUUUUAAGCUUGUCAAAAUGUAGUGGGAAAGAAGUGGACGUUGAAUGUUAUGCUGUUGACUUGACCCAAAAUUUCGAGACGAUUAAAUCAGUAAUAGAGGAAGCGGAAAACAAUAUUGGUCCUAUCGACAUACUGAUCAACAAUGCUGGUAAUUCUGUGCAAGGCGGUUUUGAUGCUCUUCCUAUCGAUGAGUUUGAAAAGCAGAUUCGACUUAACUAUCUUAGCGCAGUUAGCUUCAUUGCAUUUUUGAGGAAAACUUCUGACGUUUACGCAUCUAGAGCCGUCGUUGAAAAGAUGAAAGAAAGAGGAAGCGGUCAUUUAGGGUUUGUUUGCUCUGCUGCUGCACAGUGCGCUAUUUGGGGUUAUACUGCAUAUGGAGCAUCUAAAUUUGCUUUACGAGGAUUUGUAGAUUCUCUACACAUGGAAUUGCUACCUUAUGGCGUAGGAGUGUCGAUUUUAUAUCCUCCAAAUACUAAUACCGAAGGGUUUGAACAUGAAUUAGAGACUAUGCCAGAUGAAGUCCGUGAAAUUAGUGGGGCGGCAGGAUUGGUUGAGCCUUCAGUUGUAGCUCGUUCUUACGUAAAUGGCAUCAUAAAUGGGAACUAUCGGACUGUUAUUGGUUUAGAAGGUUGGCUUUUAGGUACAAUUACUGGUGGAGCCGGGCCUGAGAAAGAUUUUGUUCAAGCUAUAUUGGAGAUCCUUUUUGCUGGCGUAUUACGUGGGGUGAUGCUGCUCUACAUUGGUCGUUUUAACAGGGUAGCUAAGAAGUACGCUAGGAUCAAGAUGAAGAAGACUUGA